UGAACCAAAAUGGAUGUUAUUCCGUCUGAAGUAUAGCACCAUCACCUUGUUAGGUCACAGCAAAGUGAAUUCCAAUGUCGCUCUGACCCUCCUCCCUUGAUGAUGCAGUGUGUGUUUGGAGGUGAGUUGUGUAAAGUGACCAGACGAAAAUCCUCAUGCCACUCAAUGAAGAGCACUCGGACAAACUUUACACUGCUCAGAAGUAAAAAGUGGAAAGCAAAACAGUAGCCAGUCUAGAUGAGGAAAAAUGUACUAUUGCAGAUAAAAUUGUUUCUGUAAUCUAAAAACUGGAUAUGGCUUUUUAGUGAAGCUUUAGGCUUAUUAAUGACCAAUAUGAAAAAAGUACUGUUGUUUUUGAACUCUUAAUUAAAAUCAAGAUGUUGGAACUUUUCUGGAGGGCUAAUUGUUUUCUUAAAAAAAAAAUACUCAAAACUUCAACUCGCCACUGCAACCCAAGGGAUACUGAGACUCCAUCUUUCAUUUGGGGAAGAAUAUUUAGACAUAUAUAGGAGGAAAGUCAUGUUGAUGUGGAGCUACAAAUGGUACAUAUUGAAUUUGUGCCACCGUAAGGUUCUAUUUUUCAUGCGACUGAAAUGUAUACUUAACAUUCAAAUGUGUCUGAUCUAAUUUGUCCACGUAGAAAUGUUCAGGCUUUUCUUAUUUUACAAAUGAAUAACAUGACAACAGCUAUACUGGUAGAUAGAAUCCUGUAUGGAAGCAAGGUGUACAUCUUGAAAGAAAGAAAAAUUAUCCUGUUUACUUCGCUUGAAAUGUACCUCUUAAUAACUGAUCAUGGAAUGACAUUGGUGGUGAAUAAGGAAAGGUUUGCAGCCCAACCAUGCUGCCCUCCCAGUUGCAGGAGGAUGCAAGCAGCUCACAAGCAAGGCAAAAUAUAGUAGUGUAGAUUUCCAUGUUAACUCUGUUGCAUUGAUAGAUUCAGUGUGAGUUGCCAGCAUGUCUGAGAGUUCUCAGAACUACCAGAAGAUUCAAAGUAGUGGUGACUCUUAAUGUACUUGUUUACAAAUUAAAUGAUCUUCUGAACAUCUUUUUAAACCAUAGAAUGUAUGCUAUAUAUGUUUAGAUAUUGAACAAAAUAUCUUGUAAAGAUAAAAAUAGCUUGGCAUCAGCCGUAGAAUAUUUCUAAAAAAUUUUUGAGCAGGGUUUGUCCAAGUUUGAAGAACUGUCUUUUGCAGCCCUGUAUUUACCGAAUAGUAACAGACUUAGAUAUGUUGACUGCUAUGAACAUAGCCAAUUCAUUUAGCAGUGUUUCAGUAUAGCAUAAAUGCACUUAGCGUAAAUCUCAUUUAUACUUAAAGUAGCAUUAGUAGAUACGUAGUAGGUCAUGAAAAUCAGUGGAAGGAUCAGCAUGUAAAUAUCUUAGUUCAUUGAAUUAAUACAUUGUAACAUAGUUUAGGUGCUUGCAUGUUACUAAAUAUUGUAGUUUAAUGUAAAAAUCAGAUUUGGAGAGGUAGCAACAGCUCUGCUUCACUUGGAGCAUGAAGGCAAGUUUAUUUAAGCAGAAGUUUAAUAUAAACUGUUCAUUUUUCUUUUAUGUGGCUGUUUACUCAUUAUUGCUUGUUCGUCUCUUACAAUUUAGAUAAAUGAUAUAACAUUAUACUCAAGGUGAUUGAGUUGCAGUAGGGAGUCGGAAGCAACCCAAGGGAACAUCUUUCUCUACAGGGGACUUGGAACUUUGGGUUCAGGAGUCGACCAGAAGAAAUUGAAGACCUCAGGACUCUGUACUUGCUUUAUGGUGUUCUGACACGUUUGUGUGUUUUUUUUACUGGACCUCGUUGCUCUGGCAACCUAUGUGCAGUACCCAUUCACUAAAACAACAGAAGGCCUAUUGGCUAUUGUCAGGAAAUAGUGAGAGGCAGUCUGGCCUCAACCCAGAUGCAAAGCUGAUGCAGAUUAAUUUGACGGGGUUUUUGAAUGGAAAGAAUGCAAGAAUGUUCAUGGGGGAGCUUUGGCCAUUGCUCUUGAGUGCACAAGAAAACAUCGCAGGAAUUCCCUCUGCCUUUCUAGAACAAAAGAAAGAAGAAAUCAAGCAGAGACAGAUUGAACAGGAAAAGCUGGCUACCAUGAAGAAACAAGAUGAAGAGAAGGAAAAAAAAGACAAGGAAGACAAAGAAAAUAGAGAAAAGAGGGACCGUUCCAGAAGUCCAAAGAGGCGUAAGUCAAGAUCUCCAUCACCGAGGAGGCGGUCCCCAGCAAGGAAGGAACGAAAGCAUUCUCUCUCCAAGUCUCCUCGUCGUAGGACCAGAAGCCGGAGCAGAAGUGCUUCUCCAGUGUCUAAUAUUAAGAAACCUGAACAGCUGUCACCUGAGCCAGAUCUUUCACUAAAAGAAAGGAAAGAAUCUCCUGCUCCAGAGGCAACUUCAACAAGUGAUAUUCUGAAGGAAAUCAAACCUGUGAUACCAGAGGUGAAGGAAAUUUUAUUAGAACAGCCGACAAAAAAGGAGAAGGAAAGAAAAGAAAGGAAUCGACAUCGAUCACGGUCGCGGUCAAAAUCGAAGUCCAGGUCCCGUUCACGCUCUCAUUCACGGGCAAGGAGGCGUCCUCGGUCUCGAUCAAGGUCGUAUUCACCUCGAAGAUGGCCCAGUCCAAGACGGAGGUCGCCUCCUCCUCGAAGGAGGAGUCCACCAAGGCGUCUGCCGCCACCGCCCCCUCCAUCCAGGCAUCGAAGGAGUCGGUCACCUAUUAGAAGGCGCCGAUCUCCUUCAAUUUCUUCCUCUGGCAGUAGUUCCUCUUCCUCUUCCAGAUCGAGGUCACCUCCAAAGAAAACAAAACGCGUGUCAAUCAGUCCGCCCCGGAAACCUCGCCGUUCUUCUCCAUCUCCUGCUACUCCACCCAGGAGGCGACAUAGGUCACCAGUGUCUGCAACAAGUCCAAGUCAUAAAGGACCACGGUUGUCAUCUCCUCCACAUAUGAAUCGUUCAAGGAAAGGUUAUACUUCUGUAUCUCCUGCUAGGCCAGCACCUAAACGGAAAGGGAGUGUGAAGCAUGAAUCUGUUUCGCCCCCUCCUAAACCAAGACGAUCAGAACCAUCAGACUCAGAAGAUGAUAAAGGAGGUAAAACUGCAGGAGUGGAAUCAGUGCAACAGAGACGCCAGUACCGCAAACAGAACCAGCAGACCUCUUCAGAGUCAGGAUCUUCAUCUUCAUCUGAAGAUGAAGCCCCAAAACGGUCAAGUGCAAAGAAUGGUGAAGUUCGAAGAAGGCGCCAGCGUUCAUUGUCGCGGAGUAUAUCUCCACCUCCUGCAAUGCGAAAACGACACAAGGAUUUUUCACCGAGGAUGCCGCUCGGAAAGAGGUGGCACUUCCCAGUGGCGAAAAGGAGAAGGAGAAGCCCAUCACCGCCUCCAAGGCGCCGCCGAACUCCAUCUCCUCCCCCUCCUCCUCGAAGGCGCAGGUCACCAUCUCCAUUGAGGCGCAGAUCUCCAUCUCCACCGCCGCGUAGGCGUUCAGCCUCACCUCGGCGUUAUUCCCCUCCAAUUCAGAGGAGAUAUACUCCAUCACCACCACCUAGAAGGAGGGGAUCCCCAUCACCAGCUCCAAAGCGCCGUAGUUCCCCUUCUCCCUCAGCCAGGCGUAGGAGAGGAUCACCACCGAGUCGUUCCAACAGAGAUGUUCGCUCUCCUCCUCCACACAAACGCCAUUCACCAUCCCCACGACCAAGGGUGAUGCGUGGAUCUAUUAGUCCACCACCAGCACGAAGAGUGUCAGUAUCACCGCCUCCACCGCAACGACGUCAUAUGUCACCAUCCCCUAGUAAUAGGCCAAUUCGGCGAGUUUCACGGACCCCGGAACCCAAGAAACCUAAAAAGAUCACACCAAGUCCACUAGCUGUAAGAAGAGCUUCUUCUUCCAGAUCCAUAUCAAGAUCACCAGAACCUCUUCCCAAGAAGAGGCCAAUUGCUUCAGUCUCCAGGUCACAAUCUGUCAGCAGGUCACCAACUCCUGCUCCCACUCUACCACAAAACAAAAAGACAAAGAGUGCUUCGAUUAGUCCAUCUCCUGUGAAGAUCUCUGAUCAGGAAACUGGAGGAAAGAAGAAGAAAAAGAAGAAAGAUAAGAAACAUAAGAAGGACAAAAAGCACAAGAAACACAAGAAGCAUAAGAAAGAAAAGGCUGCAGCGUCAACAGCAGUUGUAGAACAAACAAUGGGGUCAUUUGAAGCUCCAGCAAAGUCACCCCAGCCAGAACCUUCAGAACCUGUAAAGGAAUCGGAAAGUGAAGAAGAAAAUUUAGAUGACCUGGAAAAGCAUCUCCGAGAGAAGGCUCUACGAUCAAUGCGGAAGGCUCAAGUUUCACCACCAUCAUGAAGGAGAGUGCAGAAUAUAUCUAACUUACGGAGCUGAUUGGAUUAGGCACAAGGGCUUUGUACAUUUUAAAAUUGACUGCUAGAAUAAUGCCAGUAUAUUGAAAUGGCUGUCAUGCCACUCAUGAACACUGACACUGCCUCUUACUUAUACCGGAAAUAAUUUUUCAUAGUCAAAUUGAAAUGUUUUAUUACAAAUUUAGACAAAAUUCCUACAUGGCUUUCAUUUUCACAACUACAUCUCAUUUUAAAUGCAAUAAUACUUGAAAAGCCGUUGAUCUCGAUGGUUUGAUGGUUGGUUUUAAUCCUGGAGCUGUAUUUUGCUUAUCCUCAUCGACCAUGAUUGGCUGAGAUUCAUUCUUUCCUAUCUGACCUUAAACAGCUCUGUCCCAUGGAGCUGUUUCAUUUCUUCCAUCAGCUCAACCAACUUACAUGCAUGGUUGCUGCCAGCUGAUCAUGGAACAGAGUGAUGGAAAUCUUGGGGAAGCCUCUGACUCAGAAUUUCCUGACUCCUUUUGAAUGGUCUGCUUGAUAGUGAGAAAUCCUUUGUGGGGGAACUGGUUUUGAUAAAAACAGAUCUGUAUGGAAUAAGUUGUGAAUUUGGAGUGAACCAGUUUUCAAAUUCAGCCAUAAAGUAUGCUGGAUUUGCACUGAAUUGACUGAAUUUAUGCUGUUUGUGAUGAAACAUUUAAUGUGUUGGUACCUUUUUCUUUCCGUUUGCUGUUUUUGUCUUGGCUGCCAUUAAUGGUAUUAUGUGACAUCAUUUAUGUAACUGUACAAAUCCUUUGUGUUUAAUCCACUGAUACAAUCUGUAGUGUAGUUUCUGCAGAGUUUGAGUUUUAUUUGAGCCGUUUGAUUGUCCACAACAUUCUUUAUAAAGAGCUUCAGGUGAAAAUGCGCUGUAUCUAGAACACUGGAAGUCUCUUUUUUUUAAAAGAAAUGAAAAUUGUUAUAGGAAGAGGAUGGUACUACCAGGAUCUGAAGGAUUUUAAGAUUCCCUGGUUGACAGUAGCUAUGGGUUGUAUUUUCCUUUGUGUAACAGGCUGGUUUCACCCAAACUGUUAAUGUCUUCUACUGUUACGGUUGUUCUGGGAGUAAAAACAAAACAUGUUUAGAUGCUGUUCUUUUGUGGGAGCUUAACAAAAUCUGUAAUGAAUAUUUUGAAUUUGUCAUCUUUUGACUUAAAAGGGUUUUUUUAUAAACGUUGAAUUAUAAAGCUGUAAAAAGCUGAAGUAAUAAAUGGAAAUUAAAUUUCUAAAUUGAA